UUACUCAGUAAACGGCAACACUUGAGGAACGCCCAUUUCAAAUAAAAAAAGAACCUGAAAAAAAUCACCUGACAGCCACAUAAAGAGCAGGUAUGGAAGCUAUUAAAGAGACUGAAGAUUCUCCCAGUGGGACAGAGCUGGAUGACUCAUCCUGCAUAUCCAUGUGUAGCGACAGAUCCAUGAAGAAUCGUACAGAUUUUACAAAAGAAAAAAUGGACAGGGACGGGCAUGAUUUUCCAGAGACAAAGGAGCUGGAUGGAGAUGACAUAUUUGAGAUGGUGGAAAAACACGGCAUGAAGAUUUUUGUGAGUGAAGUUAGAAGGUAUAAAAAGAUUCUCUUUCCACACCUGUCACACUAUUCUACUGAGAGGGAAAAGCCAGAUGGAGACAAUCUGUCUACUGAAAAUACAAAGCAAGACACGAGCGCCAGUGAAGGGGUUUUGAGGAUUACACUAUAUGUCUUAAAUGAAAUUGGCCAAAAGGAGCUUGCUAACAAACUGGAGAAACAUAUUUAUGGUGAGCUUGAUGUCUGCCAGCGCAAACUCAGACAAAAACUGAAAAGGUUUGAAUACAUUUAUGAGGGAACAGUACGGCACGGGGACCAGACUCUUCUCAACAAGGUGUACACUGAGCUCUACAUCACAGAAGGACUCAGUGAAAAUGUUAACAAUGAACAUGAGGUCAGGCAGAUUGAGGCUGCAUCAAGGAGAUCAAUGACAAAAGAUAAGCAAAUCAAAUGCGAAGACAUAUUUCAUUCCCUUUGUGGAUCCGAUAGAUUCAUCAGAACUGUGCUCACUACAGGCAUUGCUGGUAUUGGAAAAACUAUCUCUGUGCAGAAGUUUAAUCUUGAAUGGGCAGAAGGAAGAGUUAACCAGGAUAUUCAGCUCCUCAUUAAUUUACCAUUUCGGGAGCUGAAUCUGAUGAAGGAGAGAAGAUACACCCUGACAGAACUUCUUCAUAUUUUUCUCACAGAGGCAAAAGAGUCAGGAAUUUCAGAUUUUAGCAAAUAUAAGCUUGUGCUGAUAUUUGAUGGGCUGGAUGAGUGCCGGCUUCCUCUUGACUUCAACAACAAUGAGCCCUGUUCUUGUGUCUCAGAUCAAGUUUCAGUAGAUGUGCUUCUGACAAAUCUGUUCAAGGGGAACCUGCUGCCCUCUGCACACAUCUGGAUUACCACCAGACCCGCAGCUGCACGUCGCAUUCCAGUUAACUGUGUUGAUCGCGUGACAGAGAUACGAGGGUUUAAUGAUCCACAAAAGGAAGAAUACUUCAGGAAAAAAAUCUCAGAUCAAAACAUGGCCAGUAGAGUCAUUUCACAUGUUCAGUCAACCAGGAGCCUUCAUAUCAUGUGCCAUAUUCCAGUCUUCAGCUGGAUAUCUGCCACUGUCCUGCAGAAGAUUUUAGAAGAAAAAAGCCAUGAGAGUAGAGGAGAAAUGCCCAACACACUGACAAAAAUGUACACACAUUUUCUUGUGCACAACUCAUUGAUCAAAUGUCAGAAGUAUUCACUCAGGGAAGAGGUUUGUGAAACCCAAUCACAGGUCAAAAUGAACGAAGAGAUGAUCUUGAAGCUUGGAAAACUAGCCUUUGAGCAGCUGCUGAAGGGAAACAUAAUCUUCUAUGAGAAUGAAAUCAGCGAGUACGAAAUAAAUGUCAGCGACACUGCAGUAUAUUCAGGAGUAUUCACAGAGAUCUCAAAGAAUGAUUUUGGAAUUCAUCUAAAGAGAUCAUAUUGCUUUGUGCACCUCAGCAUUCAGGAGUAUUUUGCUGCAGUGUAUGUUUUCCACACCUUCAUUUGCUCUAACCUAAACUUGUUGGAACCAGAAGGAUCCCUCACUGUCCAAGAGGCUUCUAGUGAAGUAACUGGCCUUCUGCAAAGUGCAGUGGAUAAGGCCUUGCAAAGUGAGAAUGGUCAGCUUGAUCUUUUUCUCCGCUUCCUUCUUGGCCUCUCACACGAAUCAGACCAGUUGAAGAGUAUUCUUGCCACCAUGAGGAGUACUUUACCAAAUAAUGAGGAAGUUACUGAGUACAUCAAGGAGAAAAUCAGUCAAAAUCUUUCCCCAGAACGAUGCAUCAAUCUCUUCCACUGCCUCAGUGAGCUUAAUGACCAGUCUCUUGUAGAGGAGAUCCAAAAGUGUCUGAGUUCUGGUAGUUUGUCAGAAAUCACACUUUCACCUUCACUUUGGUCUGCUCUGGUUUUUGUGUUGCUGACAUCCAAGGAUGAGUUGAAUGAGUUUGAUCUGAGAAAAUAUUCCAGAUCUGAGGAGGGUCUCCAGCGUCUGUUACCGGUGAUUAAGGAAUCCAAAAUAACCUUGUGAGUAAAUUACAGCAAUACUCUGUAAUGUUCAUAUGACAUACGAUAUUCUUUUUAAAUGCGACAAUUAUUAUGAUGCUAAAAACACAGCAGAAACAAACUUACCAGAUCAGAGUCACUCUCUUCUUCAUAGGUAAAUAAAUAAAAAAUAACACUAUAUGUUACUUACUGUAAAUUAAAUUUCAUAUGCUUUACUCAGAUUGACAAUAUGUGGAAUCACAGACAUUGGCCCUGGCUUAAUAUUUAUUUAAGUGAUUUUUAAUACAGUGCUUUAACUUGAUUCAUCCACUAAUUUAUAUUGUACAGCAGCCUCUUAACCCUGCAAAAUAUACUAGCAUGUGGUUAUUUUUUCUGUUUUU